UAGGAUUUUUUAAACGCGCAAAGCGGUCUAUUUUACGUCAGUGGAGCAAGAGGUUCACACCCAAGAGUCAUUCACUAGUCGUUUUGAGAAUAUUGUCAUUUAUCAAAGAUGUAUUACUUUGCUUGUUGAUUGUAUGAUUGGUGUGUGUCAUUAUUACAAAGGAAAAUGACAGAAGAGUCGGCAGUUAAAGUGUGUGUUCGAGUUCGCCCGCUUAUUGAAAGGGAGGAAAAGGCCGCAACAGAGAAUGCAGAGCCUGUCCAGCUCUUUUGGAAAACUGAUAAGAAAUCAAUUUAUCAGAGUGAUAAUGGGAAUUCCACUAAGAGCUUUGGUUUUGACCGAGUGUUCACAUCAGAUGAAACAACCAAUCAGCUGUACCAGGAAAUUGCAAAGCCUCUGGUCGUUUCUUCUGUUGAGGGAUACAAUGGAACCAUAUUUGCUUACGGACAGACUUCUUCUGGAAAGACAUUUACCAUGAUGGGGAGUUCCCGUAAUCCCGGAGUGAUACCUUUGGCUGUGGAGGAUGUCUUCCAGACUAUUACAAAAUUUCCAAAUAAGGAGUUCCUUCUUAGGGUUUCUUACAUGGAGAUCUACAACGAAACUGUUAGUGAUCUCCUCGUCGACAGCAGUAAGAGAAAACCCCUGGAAGUCCGAGAGACAAUCAAUAAAAACAUCUUUGUGUCCGACUUGACUGAGGAACUGGUAACUUCUUCUGCGCAAGCCCUGGCCUGGAUUCGGAAAGGAGAAAAGAACCGCCACUAUGAAAAGACAAGCAUGAACCAGCGGAGUAGCCGCUCGCAUGCCAUUUUUCGAAUGAUCCUGGAAAGCAGAGAAAAGAGCGAUCCAGCAUCAGGUGAAAAUGCUGAAGGAGCCAUCCUUGUGUCUAAUUUGAAUUUAGUGGAUCUAGCUGGAUCUGAGAGAGCAAGUCAAACAGGGGCAGAAGGCGCACGUUUCAAAGAAGGUUGCAAUAUUAAUCGCAGCCUGUUCGUACUCGGCCAAGUGAUCAAGAAACUGACUGAUGAAAGCCAGAAGGGGUUCACCAACUACAGAGACAGUAAACUAACCCGCAUUCUUCAGAACUCCUUGGGUGGGAACGCUAAAACAGUCAUCAUCUGCACCAUCACUCCUGCUACCCUAGAUGAGACCCUCAGUACUCUGCAGUUUGCCAGCACUGCAAAAAAAAUGAAAAACGACCCCUACGUGACAGAGGUGUCUGACGACGGGGCUCUGCUCAAACGGUAUCGCAAUGAAAUUGUAGACCUCAAGCGACGACUUCACGAGGUUUCUUCAGGCACGCAGACCACAGCGACGGAGAAGAAGGUCCUCUCCCAGAUGCUCCAAGAAAAGGAUCAGCUCCAGAGAGAACAAGAGGACAGGAUCAGAAACCUGACCAAACUGCUGGUCACGAGCUCAAACCUGGUGCCUGUUCAAAAGAUGCCAAAACGCAGGGUAACGUGGGGAGGAAAGAUGCUCAGACUUGUCCGUCCGUCUGCAUGCGACGGUGGUUCAUCUGAUCUUAGCUUUGCGGAAUCUUUCAAUCGCAAGAGGAAAGCAGACCGCUCCUGUCUGACGGAGAUUGGUGAAGAUGAUGAUGACUUUCAAUGGGAGAUUCCUGACGAGCCUUCCUAUGACAUGGAGAUCAGUCCGAAUUCUGUGUGUGUUCGAAGGUCUGAUGAAAGGUCUUAUAACAGUCCCAAAGACUUUGUGUCUCCAGACCGUAUGCGUGAGCUUUCAGGGAAAGUAUCUGCCUUGGAGCUGCAGCUGGAAAUGGAGAGUCAACAGAAAGAGGAGGCUUUGACAAAGGUAGAAUCCUUACAUGGCAGAUUGGCCGAGCUGGAGCUGCGUCUGCAAAUGGAGGGCCAGCAGAAACCGCAGGCCCUGGAGAAAAUGCAGACAACAGAACAGAAUGUGGCUGAACUGGAGCUGCAGCUGCAAACUGAGGCCCUGGAGAAUAUACAGACAUCAGAUCAGAGGGUGGCCGAACUGGAGCUGCAGCUGCAAACGGAGGCCCUGCAGAAACAGGAUGCCCUGGAGAAAAUACAGACAUCAGAUCAGAGGGUUGCCGAACUGGAGCUGCAGCUGCAGCUACAAACUGAGGUCCUGGAAAAUAUGCAGACAUCAGAUCAGAGGCUGGCCGAACUGGAGCUGCAGCUGCAAACAGAAGCCCAGCAGAAACUGGAGGCCAUGGAAAAGGUGGAGAUGUUGGACUUAAGAGUGGCAGACCUGGAGAGGCAGCUAGAAGAUCAGAGCCACACUCUGAGUAAAACUGAUCAACAGAUGAAAGACUUUGCAGAGACAAUCCAGCUGUGUGAAACUCUGGCUACAGAGAAGGACAUGAUUGUUGCUGAGCGAGACUAUCUGAAACAGGAGAUCGGCAUGUUCAUAGAGCAGACUCAAAGUCUGGAGAAAGAAAAUGCUGCUCUGUCACAGGAGAUGACGACGAAGAGAGAAUUGGAGGAAUUCAAAUCUCUGGAGGAGGAGUUCAGGAAAGAGCAUGAGAAUGAGUUGCAAAAUGAAAUCUCUCAGUUGAAGAAGGCCGUCGAAUCCUCGACACUGCAAUGCCUGGAGCUUCAGAACAAACUAGAAACUCUGUCUGAGGAGCUAAAGAAGAAAACUGAAUUUGCAGAAGAACUUCAGAGUAUGAGCGGUAAGGACUUGGUGCAGGAGGUGGCAAAGCUUCGUCGCUCUUUGGAUGACGCUGAGGGGCUCAGCAGAGAUACAAAGAAGGAAUGGGCUGUGCUGCGCAGUCAAAACAUCGCUACAGAGGAGAUGAAUAUGACUCUGAAUGCCAACUAUGACAAGAUGGAGGCGGAGGUGAAAAGCCUGCGCUCUCAACUUGAGACAGAGAAGUCGCACUUCAGAAAGAUGCAGAGCGAUCUCCAAAAAGAGCUGAAUGUGGCAUUUGCCGAGAACACCAAGCUCACCGCUCUGCUAGAUGGAAAUGUCCCAAAAAAUCUUAUAGACAGCAUUGAACUUGAGAGAACAGCUGCCCAGCUGACUAGAGAGCUGACAGCAUCUCAAGAAGCGGAGGGAGUCCUCCGAGCUCAGCUGGAGGAGCUAGCGUCAUUGCAGCCUCUUCCAGAUAAGGUGGAGAAUUUGACAAAGCAGCUGAAUGAGCUGACUGAAGAGCUCCAGUGUGUGAGAGCUGAGAAAGAAGCUCUCCUGUCUGAGAAGGAUGCUGGUGCUCAGAGUUCUGCGGAGGAGAUGGAAAAGCUGCUCUCUGCAGUUAGUUCUCUCACUGCAGAGAGAGACCAGCUCAUGAGGGACCGUCAACAAAAUGUGGAGGUGAUGCAGAGUCUGUCACAGGACCUUCAGAGUGUGCGCGCUGAGAAAGACACUCUCCGGUCUGAGCAGAAUGCUUGUGCUCAGAGCUCUGCAGAGGAGAUGGAGAAGCUGCUCUCUACACUUGCAUCUCUCACUGCAGAGAGAGACCAGCUCCAGAUGGACAUGCAGGAAAAUGUGGAGAUAAUGAUUGAGAAUCAGGAGGAGCUGAGGACAGCCAUAGAGAAGAAUCGUGAACAGAAGGAGCGGAUCAAACAGCUUGAGAAUGCCCAAACAUCCAAACAUGAUGGUCCUCCCAAUGAAAUGAGUGCACAGAUAGAGGAGCUGCAAACACGUAUGAUGGAGAACCAGGAGGAGCUCAAGGUGUCUCAGGAGAUGAUCAGACAGCUACAAGAUGAGAUCAGCGUUCUGACAAGUCAAAAGGCAGAGCUGGAGGGCAGACCAAGCAACUGGAGUGACGCAGAGAUUACCCUCCAAAAUCAGAUUCAGAGGCUGACUGAGGAGCUUGAGAGUGUGCGAGCAGAGAGAGACACUCUGCUGUCUGAGAGGACGGCCGACACUCGCAGUGAGGAGAUGGAGAAGCUUCUGAGCAGAGUGACAUCUCUCAGUGAAGAAAGGGAUCAGCUGCAGGAGAUAAUGGAGGGGCUGAGACAGGAGAAGAAUCAGAUCAGAGCAGAGCUGGAGGAUAGGAUGGAAAUGGUUAUACAAGCCCAAAGUGGGUUUAACCAGCCAGAAAUACUGACCUCAGAACUGCAACCACAUGACGAGAAAAAGACCCACCUUCAGCAAGAGAUGAUGGAGAACCAGGAGGAGCUCAGGGUGUCUCAGGAGAAGAUCAGACAGCUACAAGAUGAGAUCAGCAGUCUGCUGUCUGAGAGGACGACAGACACUCCGACCCGCAGUGAGGACAUGGAGCAGCUUCUGUGCAGAGUGACAUCACUCAGUGAAGACCGAGAUCAGCUGCAGGAGAUCCUGGAGAGACUGCGACAGGAGAAGAAUCAGCUCAGAGCAGAGCUGGAGGACCGGAUGGAAACGAUGCAGACUGAGAUGAUGGAGAACCAGGAGGAGCUCAAGGUGUCUCAGGAGAAGAUCAGACAGCUACAAGAUGAGAUCAGCGUUCUGACGAGUCAAAAGGCAGAGCUGGAGGGCAGACCAAGCAACGGGGGUGAUGCAGAGAUUACCCUCCAGUUGCAAGAGCUCCAAAAUCAGAUUCAGAGGCUGACUGAGGAGCUUGAGAGUGUGCGAGCAGAGAGAGACGGUCUGCUGUCUGAGAGGACGGCCGACACUCACAGUGAGGAGAUGGAGAAGCUUCUGUGCAGAGUGACAUCUCUCAGUGAAGAAAGGGAUCAGCUGCAGGAGAUAAUGGAGGGGCUGAGACAGGAGAAGAAUCAGAUCAGAGCAGAGCUGGAGGACAGGAUGGAAACAAUGCAAACUGAGAUGAUGGCGAACCAGGAGGAGCUCAGGGUGUCUCAGGAGAAGAUCAGAGUUCUACAAGAUGAGAUCAGUCUGCUGACGAGUCAAAAGGCAGAGCUGGAGGGCAGACCAAGCAACGAGCGUGAUGCAGAGAUGACCCUCCAGUUGCAAGACCUCCAAAAUCAGAUUCAGAGGCUGACUGAGGAGCUUGAGAGUGUGCGAGCAGAGAGAGACAGUCUGCUGUCUGAGAAGACGGCCGACACUCACAGUGAGGAGAUGGAGAAGCUUCUGUGCAGAGUGACAUCUCUCAGUGAAGAAAGGGAUCAGCUGCAGGAGAUAAUGGAGGGGCUGAGACAGGAGAAGAAUCAGAUCAGAGCAGAGCUGGAGGACAGGAUGGAAACAAUGCAAACUGAGAUGAUGGAGAACCAGGAGGAGCUCAGGGUGUCUCAGGAGAAGAUCAGACAGCUACAAGAUGAGAUCAGCGUGCUGACGAGUCAAGAGGCAGAGCUGGAGGGCAGACCAAACAACGAGCGUGAUGCAGAGAUUACCCUCCAGUUGUUAGAGCUCCGAAAUCAGAUUCAGAGGCUGACUGAGGAGCUUGAGAGUGUGCGAGCAGAGAGAGACGGUCUGCUGUCUGAGAGGACGGCCGACACUCACAGUGAGGAGAUGGAGAAGCUUCUGUGCAGAGUGACAUCUCUCAGUGAAGAAAGGGAUCAGCUGCAGGAGAUAAUGGAGGGGCUGAGACAGGAGAAGAAUCAGAUCAGAGCAGAGCUGGAGGACAGGAUGGAAACGAUGCAAACUGAGAUAGCGCAGCUGAAUAUGUCUCUACAAUCUGUAACUGAGCAGAAGAGCCAGCUGGAAAAUUAUCUACAGCAGAAUAUGAAUAUGGCUUCCACAACACAAGAACUUCUGGCAUCAGUCCAAGAGGAGCUGUGUGCACAGAAGCAGAUAAACUCUGAUCUGGAGAAACUAUGUCAGGAGAAGGAAUGCUCUUUAGAUCAACAGAUGAGGACUCUAACUGAGAAACUGGAGAGCAUUGAAGCAGAGAGAGACAGUCUGCUCUCUGAGAAGGAGGCCAACUGUCUGACCUCCACAGAGAAGAUGGAGAAGCUGCUGUGCAGUGUGAAAUCUCUCUGUGAGGAGAGAGAUCAGCUGCAGGAGAUACUGGAGGGACUGAGACAGGAGAAGAAUCAACUCAGAGCAGAGCUGGAGGACAGGAUGGGAACAAUGCAGACUGAGAUGAGAACUCUAACUGAGAAACUGGAGAGUAUUGAAGCAGAGAGAGACAGUCUGCUCUCUAAGGAGGAGGCCAACUGUCAGACCUUCACAAAGGAGACGGAGAAGCUGCAGUACAAAGUGAAAUAUCUCAGGGAGGAGAGAGAUCAGCUGCAGGAGUUACUGGAGGGACAGAGACGGGAGAAGAAUCGGCUCAAAGCAGAGCUGGAGGACAGGAUGGAGAUGAUCUCAGCCAUCCAGGAGAAGUUGCGCGAGCAGGAACAUUUGAACUCGCAACAGCAGGCUGAGAGAGGUGAACGAGAGGCCACGCUGCAACAAAGAGUGCAGCAGCUCGAGGAGCAGCUUGAAAUGCUCAGGGAGAGACAAAGUCGUGCGGUUGUUGAUGCCGACGCCUCCCAGCAGUUGCUCAGUGAAGCGAACACAACCAUCUCAGCACUCAAAGAGCAGUUGAGCAGUUUGGAUCAGAGCACCAGUGGAGUCAAGGAGACGGUGUCAUCCCGACUGCAGGACUCUACUGAGCAGCUUCAGGAGUCCUUCGGAAAACUCCAGCACUUUAUAGACACUUGUUCCAAGUCUAACUUCACAGACCCGGUAGAAAUACAAUCUGCCGUGAAGCACUCUUUUCUGACCUCUCUACCAGAACCCACCAAGAAAGCCUACAUCGCUCUGUGCCAGGUGCGGCAGCAGGCAGCGGAGUGUGGGAGAAACAUAAGGUUGCACCUACAGGCCCAAGCCCGGGGCUACAGGAAACUGUUUGAGGAGUUGGUGAAGAAAGACUUGGCUGUGUUUGAGGAGAGGCGUCUGCAGGAUGUGCUGUUGUGUAGAGCACAGGCGCCCUGCUACUCGGUCAAAGACGAGGACUUCCAGACACUGUGGGACCAGAGACUGACUGAACUGCUGGACAAGAGGCAGCUCUACCUGCAGAAAAUGUCCAGCAUUUUGGAAAAGCUCUGGGCCAGCAUGGCUACUUACCCCAGUGAGCUGUCAGCUGAGAUCAGAGACGGAAAGAGGUUCAAGGAGCAGCUGCAGGCCGUGCUUACUAACGAGCCAGUCAGCUUCAGCAGGAUGGACAGCAUCCUGAGCUGUGAGCUGGACCACACAUCUGCAGUGGCACACAACAGGAGAUUGACUCUGCAGGGCGUCAUCGAUGAACACAAUGCUCUGCAGGAAGAGCUGAAGCUGCUGGAGGAUCAGGCUUAUUCUCAACUCGGAGAGGAGAGAAGUAAGAGUUCCACUCUGCUGCAGGCGCUGGAGGGAGCACCUCUGAAAACAGAGCUCUCCCUGCUGAAGGACAACCAGCAACUUCUGCUUCAGCUCCGGCAAACUGAAGAAAAAGUCAAAGCUCUUCGUGUACAAACUGAGCAGCUGGAGGAUGCUCAGAUCAAAGCCAGCAACAGGGUGUCCAACCAUAAGCAGGCUACCCAGCUGCUGCAGACCGAGCUGCAGGACUGCCGUGCAGAAGUUGAGGAGAAAGACCAGGCAAUCCAAACUCUCAGGAACAAACUGCGAGAGUCUGAGGUUCAUCUAAAGAAAAAUGCGUCACCCAGCGCUGUUGAGCUGGAAAAGCUCCGGACUAAACUGUUCAAAAUGGAGGUGGAGUUGAGUUCAGCAUCUGAUAAACACAAAGAAGAGAUCCAGAGGAUGACCACACUGUUGAAGGAAAAGGAAGAGUCACUGAGGAAGCUCAAAGAGACCUUAAGAAGAUCACAGCAGCAAGGAGAGGUGUCAAUCCUGCAGGGUGAGGACCUUCAUGCCAGACUGACCAACCCCAGAGGUUUGGGGAUCAAGACCAGCAUUCUGCAGGAGAAGACUAAACUGGAGGAGGAAGUCAAAAUGCUUCACAUGAAAAUCAUUGAGCUGGAAAGCUUGGUGUCCAGUCAGCAGGCCGAAAUCACUAAGUGGAAGGGCAGAGCCAUCAAGCUGAAGGUGAAGAGCAAGGGUGAGGUGGACAAGCCUUCAUCACCCUGCACUCCCACCAAAAGGGGCAAUCCCAUGACCUCAGACCCUUCCAGCUCCCUAAGUUCACCCGCCAAGUUUCUGGUUACUCCCAGGAGGGUCCUGGACUCUCCCAGGAAACCGCUGGACUCUCCAAAUGUGCUUGAAUCCCCCAAAAGCAGAUUCUUUGAUGCUGGUGGAGCCUCUGAUGUGCUAUCCAGAACCCGUCCCAAGCAGUUCUUCGAUAACUCCAGCCUUGGAACCAUUCCAGGCGUUUUCAAUGUUCCUGACUCACCAGAUGAAAAGAAUGGUCUGAGUGCAGACCGCAAGGAGGAUUUGUGGCCUAAAUCUCCAAGUGGGCAAGAGGAAAUGUGUAAAACACAGUAAAGAAAAAUACCCUUUCAUUUUCCAUGUUUGUCUUUGUAUUGAUGUUUUUCUUUUAAUUAUUAUUAAAGAAUUUGUUAAUAAAGUAAUUAAAUCGGC